GUGCAGUUAAGGCCAGCUUGAGGUUGUCAUUCCGUCCAUAUGCCGCAAUAAUUAUUCAAUCCAUAAACUACAACGCAAAUUGAGUUCGAGUCGAUCAUUAUCACUCCCAAUCUCUCCUUACCGGCCACCGACCCUUUCGCUACUCUCCACUGUCCUGCUCAACAAUCGCCGGAACCCUUGUGGCAGCUCUCCUCAUCCUCCAUCUAUCCAACACCGCGACCAACCCACUCCAACCCAUCCUCCCAUCCGCCCCACGAUGAUCUCCGACUCGCAGCUCUACAGCCUGGCGCUGUUCCUCGGCGGCGCCUCCGUGCUGCUCAUCGUCCUCUACCACUACCUCGAAAUCAACGCGGAGAACACCGAUGACCUCUCCGAAGAGCGGAAGGCCGACGCGGUGCCGGUGAAGGCGGCGGGCAAGGUUAAGAGCUAAUUUAAUCGGUCGCGGAUUUGGAUUACGCGGUUAUCACGAUGGGGUUGAGGCGCUAGCUGUGCGUGAAGGCCGACGUCUGAGGGUAGAAGGCUUUUGCCACGGAAGAGGGGAAGGGGGAUAGGUGGUGUUAUUUUAGAGAGGAGGAUGAAGAGGACAGAUCAUAUUCGAUGGGAACUAGGCAUGUACUCCUAGUCGCGAACUAACAGGGACCUGGAUUGCAUUGCGUGGCGUCACGGAAGCUUGAUUCGGCGUUGGAAACUACAUGUGCUACAAGCCUGAGAGGAUCGCAUCCGUUAGCAGACCAAUGCUUCCUCGAAACGGAGCGAAAAGUUAAAGCAAAUGAUAUUGGCUUAUUGACCCGUACCCGGCUGCUUAAAUGUAUCAAAUCAUAUCCUACAAAUUCGGUCGCA